UGCAUGCAUACACGAAUCGGCAGAGAUACAGCAGCCACUUUGCGAAUGUAUAUUAGAAGAAUACACACAGAGACGCGCAGUCACACGAGCUGUUAGUGCUGCCCGCCUCGCUGGCUUCGUGGUGUUCGAAGAAAUUUUGGUUUCUUUGAUUCCUAAUUUAGUAUCGGAGAAUCGAGUGACUUACUUCCCCCCUUAUUGUUUUUCCAUUUAAUCAAGGUAUAAUUCGUUGGAUCGUUAUCGCGUCAAGAUAUCAAAAAUGAAGGGCUCCCACGAGCUAUAAAAGUCAAUACCAGAGAGCAGAGCGAGCAGAUAAAAGAUUCUGCACUUACACAAGCCUAGGCUUGUAAAACUUGCCAGAAAAAAUGACAAAACGAUUCGAAUUUAACUGGCAAAUUGAAGUGCCGGAACCUUUGCGCACAGGAUGCGUGUUCGAUAGAUGGUCGGAGGAAAAGGAUAACACUGAAAUAGAGGUGAAUUGUUUGUUCAAAGUUGACGAGUAUGGAUUCUUCAUUUACUGGAAAAGCGAGGGAAAGGACGGAGAUGUUAUUGAACUAUGUCAAGUCAGCGACGUUAGGGCAGGCGGUAUUCCGAAGGAUCCAAAGUUAUACGACAAACUAGGAGGCAAACACGAAGAUCAAUUGGAAGAAAGAAGUCUGACCAUUUGUUCAGGUGUAGAUUAUACGAAUAUUAAUUAUCAACACAUCGUGUGCCCAGAUGCAGCAACUGCAAAGACAUGGUUGGAUGGCCUCCGAACAAUAACGCACAACGUGAAGGCUAACAAUGUUUGCCCGUUAACUUGCCUUAAAAAACAUUGGAUGAGACUACGAAUGUUGGUCGAUCCAAUCGGAAAAGUACCAGUUAAAGUAGUUGCGAGAACAUUCGCCUCAGGGAAGACUGAAAAAUUGGUGUAUCAAUGUCUGGCUGAUUUAGAUUUACCAAGUGGAAAGAAUGACGUUAUAGAGCCAGAUGACUUUACAUUCGAUAAAUUUUAUGAACUAUAUCAUAAAAUAUGUCCAAGAAAUGAUAUAGAGGAAUUAUUUCAAUCGAUAACUCAAGGGAAAGCUGAUACAAUUAAUAUGGAACAGUUGAUAACGUUUUUGAAUGAAAAACAAAGAGAUCCAACGUUGAAUGAAAUUUUAUGCCCACUUUACGACGAGAAGCGAGCAACGGAGAUUAUUAACGAUUACGAAAAGAAUGAAGAAGCACGAGUUAACAAAACAAUGACAAAGGAUGGUUUCAUUCGGUAUUUGAUGUCCGAUGAAAAUGCACCUGUAUUUCUAGAUCGGCUUGAUAUUUACAUGGAUAUGGACCAACCUUUAUCCCACUACUACAUAAACUCAAGUCAUAACACGUAUCUAAGCGGAAGACAAUUCGGUGGUAAAAGUAGCGUAGAAAUGUAUAGACAAGUGUUACUUGCUGGAUGCAGAUGUGUCGAAUUGGAUUGCUGGGACGGAAAAGGCGAAGACGAGGAACCAAUUAUAACCCACGGAAAAGCAAUGUGUACGGACAUCUUGUUCAGGGAUGUUAUAUACGCAGUGCGAGACACAGCGUUUGUUACUUCCGAAUAUCCUGUUAUACUAAGUUUUGAGAACCACUGUAGUAAAAAGCAACAAUAUAAAUUAGCCAAAUACUGUGACGAGAUAUUGGGAGACUUGUUGUUAAAAGAACCGUUGAAAGAAUACCCUCUGGAACAAGGCGUGAGUCUUCCACCACCGAACAUGUUAAAGAGAAAGAUCCUCAUAAAAAAUAAGCGAUUAAAACCUGAAGUGGAAAAGCACGAACUAGAACUUUUCAAACAAGGCCAAUUUGUCAUUGAAGAUGAAGUUAAAGAAGAUGCCAGUGCAAUACCAACUACAGCAUCUGUCGUAGACCAACAACCUAUAAAGGAAGAAAUAGUCGUAGCAGCCGAAGCUGUAGUCCCAGCAGGUGUGGUCCUACCAACUCAAGGAAGCGGUAGUGUCGGAGAAAGCUUUGAAUUGACACCUUAUACCGGCAGUACAACCAAUGUUCACCCAUGGCUGUCGUCGAUGGUAAACUACGCCCAGCCAAUCAAGUUUCAAGGAUUCAGUGUUGCGGAGCAAAAGAAUAUUCAUUACAACAUGUCGUCUUUUGCCGAGACUGCAGGAUUAAAUUAUUUGAAAACAUCUGCGAUUGAAUUUGUAAAUUACAACAAACGGCAAAUGAGUAGAAUAUAUCCAAAGGGUACCAGAGCUGACUCUUCCAAUUAUAUGCCUCAGGUGUUCUGGAACGCUGGGUGCCAAAUGGUAUCAUUGAAUUUUCAAACUGCAGACCUCCCGAUGCAAUUGAACCAGGGAAAGUUCGAGUACAAUGGAUCCUCUGGUUAUUUAUUAAAGCCAGAUUUUAUGAGACGUGCUGACCGCAGUUUUGAUCCAUUUGCUGAAAGUCCUGUUGACGGAGUCAUCGCCACACAGUGCAGUGUACAGGUAAUUGCUGGACAGUUUUUAUCAGACAAAAAGGUCGGUACAUAUGUGGAAGUGGAAAUGUAUGGUUUACCGACUGAUACAAUAAGGAAAGAGUUUCGCACUCGAGUUGUUCAAGCCAAUGGAUUGAACCCCGUGUACAAUGAGGAGCCAUUCCUCUUUCGCAAAGUAGUGUUACCCGAUCUAGCAGCCUUGCGUUUUGCUGUUUAUGAUGAAUCGAAUGGCAAACUAUUAGGACAGAGAAUCGUUCCUUUGGAUGGAUUACAGUCCGGUUAUCGUCACGUCGCCCUACGCACGGAAGCCAAUUUCCCCAUGUCUCUUCCCAUGCUCUUCUGUAAUAUAGAGCUCAAGAUUUACGUUCCCGACGGCUUUCAAGAUUUUAUGGAAGCACUGACUGCACCACGAGUAGAUCGAAAGGCUGAAGCUGCCGCACAAACCAAAAUGCGCGGGCUUGGUAUUGAAGAGAGUGACAAUAAGACCAAUAUCGAAGCUCCUCUGCAUCACCACGAAGUAGCAAAGCCUCGGGAGGAAAUGAUGUUCGAACCUAUCACUGUGGAAUCACUGAGACAAGAAAAAGGAUACCAAAAAGUUUCCAGGAAGCAACAGAAGGAAUUAGAGUCUAUAAAAAAAAGGCAUCAGAAGGAAAAAAUUACUGUGCAAAAACAGCAGUGCGCAGCAAUUGAGAAAAUCAUCAAAGGAAAAAAUAAAUUGGAAUUAUCACGUGAUCCGAGUGUUCGUAGAGCAGUAUCAGAACAGACCGCCCAGUGGUCACGACUAGCAGAAAGACAACGCCGAGAAGAAAAGGAUCUUCAACGAGCGCAUCUCGAAGAACGACGCGCCCAACUGCGCAAAAUGUGCACGGCAGCACAAAUUACACAACUGAAACAAUUAGCAGCGAGGCACGAGCGCGAACUCAAGGAAAUGAAUAUACGUCAAGCGCGAUUGUCAGUUGAAAGUAUGCGCGAAGUAAUGAAUGAUAAAACACUUAAGACGAGGGGCAUCAAGGAGGGAAGACUGAGAGAGAAGCAGCAAAAUAAUACGAAAAAGUUUAUGGAAGAAAGAAAAAUAGCACAAAUCGUUCAAGCCAGAGAAAAGGAUAAACUGAAAGUUAUUCAUGAUAAACAACUUGAGGACUUACAAAAAGAUAUAAAUGCGGUACUGGAAAUGUACAAAAAUGAAGAAAUUGAGUACGAACUAGGCCCAAAAACUGAGUUCUACGUAUGAGCGCUGAACAAACCAUUGUGUAAGCGCACUAAUUCUAUUCGUCAAAUACGUUCAAAUUUCUGAUACUAUAAUAUUCACUAUUGGAAUCGGGAUCAAAUCUCAUAGCAAUUAUUUCAUAGAAUGAUUGUGUCGUGAUUACAGGCACUGUGAAUUGAGCUAAUGAAUCUUUUAUUUUCUUAUACAAGUCUUAGCGUAUGGUGCAAACUUUUUUAUCAUAACUUGUUACUUUUUAAAUCAAAAUAAUAUGAAAAACUUCUUUGACGAGUCAUAUAGUUUAAGAAAAGUUUACCGUGUAGAUGAUAUACAAUCUAGUCAAAUUUGAAACACCUCUAAAAGAUAUAUUAUUCGCUCGAAUGUCUGAAUAAAUGUAAGAAAAAAUCUUGA